GGAUGGGCAAAAAGAUGGUUCGAAUUAUUACCUGGUGGAUCAUUAUCUUAUUCAGUCAGUCCUGGGGGUAUCAAACGAGGAUCAAUACACAUCACUAUGACCAUGAUUACUAUUUAUCCAAAACAACGCACUAUUCAUCUAGAUACUGGCACCACGGUUUACCAUCUCAAAGCAUUGACCAAAGAAGAUUUCGACAGGUGGGUGGAAUUAUUAAGACGACAAAGAGCUAUAUUUCAUCGGGAUAAGAAUACAGCAACAAGUAGCAAGCGUAGAUUUACCUUUCGACGUGGAUCUAAUCAACACCAACAACAGCUUUCAAUCACUACCGGUAACAAUGAUAGCCAUGCGAUCACGACAACUAACAACAAUUCGGAUAUAUCAUCAUCACCACAUCAACAAAACGCUAUGAUUACCAGUGCUAUUUUAGAUCAAUGGAUUCAAUCCGUACAGCGAAUUAUGGAGAUCCGUGACAGAAUGGAAGUGGAAUACAAUAGACAACAUCAUCAUUGGAUUAAAAUGGAAAAACAAUUUCGAUAUGGAUCCAGAGAUUACCAGAACCAAGUUUCCGAAUUCGGCACGCCACGAUCACGUAGUUUUUACUCUUAUCAUUCAACUAGUCAGUCUGAUUUGUAUUAUGAUGCUGAAGAAUUUGAAUUGAUUCUGGACGAAGAUGACGAUGCAGACUUGGUUCAAGAAAAUGAAGAUACGGAUGAUAGUAGCUCUAUUGAAGGACCAACAACAACAAUCUCAUCCGUUAUCAAACGACGCAAGAUCUUACCACAUCCAGUGGCUGGUAAAAGUGUCAACCUCUUGGGUCUUUUACGCAAAAACAUUGGCAAGGAUUUGUCCACGAUCACGAUGCCUAUCAGUCUUAACGAACCUUUGAAUUUAUUACAGCGAUUAUGCGAAGAAUUGGAAUAUUCGGAAUUAUUAGAUAAGGCCAAUAGAAUGGAUGAUCCAUUAGAUCGAUUGAUGUAUGUAUCUGCGUUUGCUAUCUCGGGAUAUGCAUCUAGUCAAUAUCGGAUUGGUCGCAAGUUUUGGAAUCCUCUCUUAUUUGAAACAUAUGAAUGUAUACGACCCGACAAAGGUUUCAAGUUUAUAUCUGAAAAGGUAUCUCAUCGUCCUAAUAUCAUGGCGUGUCAUGCGGAAUCAGAUAACUUUACAUUUUGGCAAUCUACAGAAGGCAGUACCAAAUUCUGGGGCAAGUCCAUGGAAUUCAUCUCGGAAGGAACAAUUCAUGUCACUUUACCAACAUCUGGCGAUCAUUUCACAUAUACCAAACCAAGUAGUCAUAUGCGGAAUAUGAUUUUCGGCACAAGGUACCUAGAACAUUUGGGACAAAUCAAGGUAAUAAAUCAUAAAACUGGUGACUAUGCAGUGGUACAUUUCAAGGAAGCUAGACGACAAGACGGUGGUGAUGGUUACUAUUACUUUGGUGGUGGUACACAGUGGGAAAGAAAUGAAGUGGAAGUCCUUUUGUACAAAAACAACAAAUCAAUGAUGCAACCAGUACGAAAAAUAGUGGGUAAAUGGAGUCAAUCAUUAUCCCAAGACCUUGGUGAUCAGCAAUAUAAAUUACUUUGGCAAGCACAACCCCCUACGAUCGAUACUCCUUCGGAUUAUUAUGGAUUUACUCAGUUUUGUAUGGAAUUGAAUGAAAUAACCGCCAUUGAACAGGAUUCUUUGCCUGUUACCGAUACUCGUUACAGACCCGAUCAACGUUUAUUUGAACAAGGUAAAUGUCAUGUGGAUCAAGCAGAAAAGGAAAAGGAAAGAGUCGAGAUAGCCCAACGUGAACGAAGAAAUCAUUUUGAAGCUCAAGGUAUCAUGCCAACACCAAUUUGGUUUCAACAGAAUGAACAAGAUCCAAGUCAAUGGGAAUAUAAAGGUGGUUAUUGGGAGGCAAGAGCGUCUGGACAAUGGCCGAUCAAUAUCCCCACUUUAUGGUGA